UUGCACAUUUUCAUCACUUAUUAAUUGUGUUAAGAAAUUUAAGUGAGGAGCUAGAGAAUGAUGAUGAAGUCUGCUAUGUGUGCAGUGGUGGUUGUAGCACUUCUUCUUCUGGCGGAGGUGGGGCCCAUGGCUGAGGCUGUGACAUGCACCCCAACAGAGUUGAGUCCGUGUCUUCCAGCAAUCACUUCCGGUGCUAAACCUUCCAAUGCUUGUUGCACGAAGCUGAAGCAGCAAAAACCAUGCUUAUGUGGCUACCUCAAAAACGCUAGCUUGAAGCAGUAUGUUAACUCUCCUAAUGCCCGAAAAACCGUUGCUUCUUGUGGGAUUCCCUUUCCAACUUGUUAAUUAAUUAAGCCUUCUUAUAAUUAAAGUGUGGGAUAUAUAUAUAUAUAUAGAUAAACAGUUUAAUUUAUACACACUUUGAUCCUACAAAGCAUCUUGACACAAGCAUUCAAUAGGAUUUCACCACUUUAUCGCAACAUUUUAACAUGAUGCGGUAAUAAAGUAAAUUCUUGUUGAAUAUUUGGAUAACGAUGUUAUAUACUCAUAGUUUGUGUGUAUAAAUUAAACUUAUAUUUAUUAUUUACUCUAUAUAUGUCACUCUACGUUUGUGUGAUAUAUUAUACAGUUAAGUAUUUAGCUAUCUUUGAAUAUGUUAAGGAUGAUCAUAUCAGAUAAAGCUCUCUAGAGUUGAAUAUGACCAGUAUACAUGUUGUAUCCAGGGAAUUAUAUGUGUUAAGAGCUAUAAAUAAAUAAAUAAAUAAAUAAUGAUGUUCUAGAGUGGCGUAUAUGUCCUCUCA